AUGUCUGAUUUUAUUAGGUGGACAUAUGAAAACAGACUACAAAUCUCUAUUGACUUAGCGGCUGGAUCAGUUAGUGGAAUAGCAAAUUGUUUAUCAAGUCAUCCAUUGGACACAGUUAAAGUUCGAAUGCAAAUGUCUGAUGAUGGAGUACUAUCAACUUUGAAGAAAAUUCUCCAAAAUGAAGGAACAAAAGGGUUUUACAAAGGAAUGUCAUUUCCUAUCCUUUCUAUUCCAAUCACUAAUGCCAUUGUGUUUUCAGUUUACGAAUUCUGGAAAUCAUUUUUUAUAGGAAAUUCGAAUAAAUAACUAACUUAUUCUUAAACAGCCUUUUGUGGGAGUAUCGCAGGGAGCUCGGCUGCUUUUUUUUCUUGUCCCAUAGAGUUGACCAAGUGCAAAUUGCAAAUGUAAUCUACUGAGAAAAUAUAUAAAAAUCCAAUAGACUGCAUAUAAUAAAUAUAUUAAAAGGAGGGUUUUAAAUCUUUGUUCCGAGGAAUGUGUGCUACUCAAUAAAGGGAGAUUCUAGGUUAUUCGGCUUAAUUUGCUGUCUAUGAAUUGAUAAAGGACUUGUUGUGCACUUUGUCUUAAAAAGCAGAACCAUCAACGGCCAAUCUCUUGAUUUCUGGAGGCCUAGCUGGGGUUUCGUGCUGGACAAUAGGAUAUCCUUAGGAUACCAUAAAAACAAUUUUAUAAUGCUAAAAACCAUCAGAUUAAGCAAUUUAUAAAGUUAGAUUUUAUGAUGGGGGUUUUCUAGAUUGUUUAAGAAAAAAAAUAAUCUCAGAAGGAAUAGGAUCAAUAUGGAAAGGAUAUUCAGUUUGUAUUUUGAGGUCCUUUUAUGCCAAUGCUAUAGGAUUCUAUGCAUAUGAGCUAGCAAGAGAAAACCUUACUUCGUUCUAUUAAUUAUAUUGA